AUGGGUAAACGGAGCCGGAACGAUAGUAGCAACGGGGAGGAGAAGACCAAUAGCAAAGAAUCCGCCGGUAAAUCAUUUCUCACAGAAAACAAGGCUGUCGACCCUACUCUAGCCUUGCUAUUCGCGUCCAGUGCUGGCCCAGUGCAAGCCCCUCCAAAAUUAAGAUAUCAGGAAGCACCGCCUGCGCCUCGAAGGAAUGUGGAAAUGCAAGAAGUAGAAACAUCCGAGGGUUCUGACGAUGUUGAGGACGAUGAAGAUCUUGAAAUGGAUGAGAAUGACGAUGACUUGAGUAGCAUUGACGGCGACCUUGAGGAUGCCGAAAUCUCGGGUCUCUCAGCUGAGGAUGAGAGUUCCAACGAAGUCGAUGACGAGACACCCGAAUUGGAUAAAUUCAUCAAAGCCAAAAACGACAAACCGGAACGAAAACGUAAAAGGAAGAACGACGAGCCGGAUCUUGAAGGGAAAUACCUUCAGAAGCUGGCAAGAGAAGAGGAAAAGGAAGAGGAAGAACGCCAAGCCGAAAGACGACUGAAACGGCAGAAGUUAGCUAAGGAGCAAAACCCAGUUGUGGAGGGAGGUAUGGAGGAAGGCGAUUCUGAUGAGGAGAUGGAGGAUGCUGAGUCUGAUGACGAGGCUGAAGCUGAGAGUGAUGCAGAAGGGUCUGGUUCUGAGGCGAAAGGUUCCAAAAGAAAAACACCAUCUGAUGUUCCUUUACAUGAAUCCCUCGUACCGGAUAAAGACGCGACCGAGCUUGAAAAGGCAUCUCGCACUAUUUUCCUUGGAAACGUAGCAAGUUCUACUAUCUCUUCUAAGGCCGACAAAAAGAUCCUUAUGUCCCAUCUAUCCUCUUUCAUAAAUGAUCUUCCCCCUCCUCCCUCGGGCAAACCAUCCCAUAAAUUAGAAUCCUUACGCUUCCGUUCAACCGCAUACGCCACUGCUGCACUACCAAAGAAAGCCGCCUUUGCUAAGAAGGACAUCAUGACUGCUACCACGAAGAGCACAAAUGCGUAUGCCGUCUACUCUACAGCAUUUGCAGCCAGAGAGGCCGUCAAGAAGCUCAACGGAACUAUGGUACUAAAUCGCCAUCUUCGUGUAGAUGGUGUGGCGCAUCCUGCGAAAACCGAUCAUCGCCGAUGUGUCUUCGUCGGAAAUCUAGGCUUUGUAGAUGAUGAAUCUCUUCUUGAACAAGAUGGGGAGAACAGUCGGAAACGGUCAAAAAUACCCUCUGAUGUUGAAGAAGGUCUGUGGAGGCAAUUUGGAAAAGCUGGUGAAGUAGAGAGUGAUGCAAAUGCAGUUGAGGCUGCCCUACUUUUCAACGAAAAAAAGUAUCCACCGAUGCUCCCUCGAGUUCUCCGCGUCGUUCGCGCCAAAGCCCAACACAAGCAAGUCUCUUCCCGACCUACCGCUCGCCAACCGAAAUCGUCAAAGUCAUCCCAGAUUUACAAUCCAAAGGUUGAUCCAAAUCAAGCCUCUUUGCAGGGCAGAGCUACCAAACUAUUAGGAAAAGCAGGUGGCGCGAAGUUCAAGAAAACUGGCGCUAAUGAUACCACUUUGGGUACCAGAGGAGACAAACAGGCCAGUGGAAGUGAAGAAGCCAAGAGCGGAAUGGCUGGCAUAAAAGCACCUGAGAGCUUUGUCUUUGAGGGUUACAGAGCCAGCGCGAGCAAGGGCAAGCCGAAGGAUUUAAAGUUGGGAGGAAAAGGCGGCGGAAAGAAAAAGAGUAAACCCAGAACAAGGUCGUCGAACAGAGGUGCAGAGUGGAAGAAGCGAGGCUCAAAUUGCAAGGAGAUAGGAAUUCCAAGGAGGGAGUUAUGGGAUGUUAGAACGCAGUUGAUGGCUGAGGAUGAGGGAAAUGGAGAAGGCUUAUUGGGGUUAGGGAAUGAUGAUGUGAAGACUGGUGUUUAUGAGGGAGGAUUCAAAAGCUGGGAAAGUUCGGUGGAUUUGGUUAAGGUUCUUAGUGGGAGGACGGCUGUGGGUGAGGGUAGGAGAAGAGUUUUGGAGCUCGGCUGUGGAACUGCCCUUCCAUCUCUAGCAGUCUUCCAAUGGUUCCUGGGAAACGAAACCUCAUCCGCUUCCGGAUUAGAGCUUGGACUUGCAGACUACAACCCUACAGUCCUCCAGCUCGUCACCUUACCUAAUAUUCUCCUUUCCUGGGCACAAGUCACCAGGCCUGAGUCUUGGGAAGCAGAAGGUGAACUCGAUAUCGACGAAACACUUAUCUCAGAGUUCAUCUCUGCGCUGAAUUCCCGUAACAUUAACUUAUCAUUUUUCUCAGGUGCUUGGUCCCAGGAUUUUGUAACUUUAGUUACCGAUAAGUUGCAUCUAUCGUGCGAGAACACAAUUAUCAUAGGGGCAGAAACCAUUUACUCCCCCGUUGCUUUGAAAGCUUUCGCCGAGACAUUGAUGGCAUUGCUGGAGUUGAGCACAGGGCCAAAUAAGACGGCAUUGAUAGGAGCCAAGAAGGUGUAUUUCGGAGUGGGUGGUUCAAUAGAAGAUUUCAUCGAAGAUGUUGUGUCGAAGGGAGCUCUAGUAGAACAGAUCAGGGAAGAGUCCGAUGGGGUUAGAAGAGCCGUGAUAGAAGUCAGAAAAGCAGGCUGA